AUGCGCACAGAUGACAUCAAUGCCUUGGCUGGGCAGCGAGCCGACAAGAAAGGAGGCGAUGUGUGGACCAGCUUCUACGACAAGGUGAAAGAAGUGAAGGACUAUCACCGUCGCUUCUCGGUGAACCAGGGCCUUCCCGAGCUGCAGAACUCCGAGUGGUUCUACCAGCGGGCGCUUGAGAGUGACAAGACAGAUAGCCUUUUCUCAGGUGAGGAGGACUACGGUAAGCGCGUGGAUAUGCACGAGCUAUUCGUCACGUACCUCAACCUGAAGAAAAUUUCAACUCUCAGGCGCAGCAACUUUCGACAAGCCACCUUUGCCCGGCUGAAGAAGAAGACCGUAGACUUGGAACCCGAUGAUCCAGAGGUCGACAAGACGGUGGAGAAGGAGUUCCACGAGCUGGACUACAUCGAGUGGUUGAAGACCUUCGAUCAGUUCCACGAGAUCAACAGGUACUGCAAGUAUCGUGAGAAGAACUAUACAGAGUACCUUGAGGGUCUCAUCAGCUACCUACGAGGCUUCCUUCUCCGGACGCAGCCCUUGAUUGAUGCUGACAAGCUUGAGCAGCAGUUUGAGAAGGAGUUCGAGGAGCGAUGGAAUGACAAGAGCAUCCCUGGGUGGCAGGAACCUACCCACAAGGACAAGAUGUUUUGCUUGCCUUCCAACAAGCUCUUCAACAAUAGCAGCUCCAAGAAAUCUCAUGAGUUCGGUGGCCCGGAUUAUGUGGCACGCUGCCCAGAUGAUGAAGGGGUUCAUUGGGAUGCUGCCGAUGCCAAGGAGCGGUAA